AUGUCUUUUCUAUUGUACGCUUGUUUUGCGGUGAUUCUGACGAUGAGCCAGGCUUGUUUCUCGGCUGGAGUUUGCGGGGGAGGCUGCUGUGGAGGAGGGCCACCGCCUUGUAUGCCACCACCGCCACCUACAUGUAUGGGCGGUUGCAAUCGAGGCUAUUCGUGCGGUCAAUUCGGCUGUUAUCGAGUGCGGGCAAAGGCGCGCAGCAGCAAGACACUUGCCAUCGAAGAAAGGAAACAAUUGGCUAGCAUGACACCCGACGAGAAGUUCAUGUCCUGUUGCCAGGAUCGGGCUCUCCCCGACGCUUGCCUUACCAAGUGCACCUAUCGCUCGUUCACCCGAGAGACGCUACAAGCAAUGUACUUCAAAACUGACUCUUGCCCAAUCCAAGCCGUUGCCGAGUUGCAAUUCUGCGCAGCUCAGGGUCGAGACCACUCCGGUUGUUGUCGGCGUAAUGGAGUGACGACAACGCUCUCUGGAGAGAAAUGUCUCACUUUUUGCGAUCAACGACCUGGAAAUGUCACAAAGCUCGACAUGACCUAUUUGCCGUGCUUCGAGCGAUUCGACAAUAUGAAGAGCUGCUUCUGGUACGAUAUCUCCCAGGGUGAGGGAUCCGCUCAUCCACCCGUUUCCCUUCCAACGCAUCAUCACGAGGAAAUCGAAGAGAAUCGAGACUCGCCGAUUAUCACAAAUGAGAGAUCGAUUAGGGCACGAACCUUUCGAAUUGGAACACAU